GAGAAUGGGAUUUCACAUCUUUAAGAGGGUAUUUACGUAAGAAGUUUAUAAGGAUUGAAAAUUGCUCCUUGGCUAUGUCCACUGCCUUCUUCAACCAUCAAAGAACAUAAGAACGCGAAAAACAGACAAAAGCUCUUCCUCACCCUCCCUCUCACCAGCAGUUCAGGAAGCCAUCGAACUGGCUCAUCUUGAUAUUAUUUCUGCCAUGGUUCAGAUCAAGGAAUUUCGGAUCGUCAUGCCUAUGUCCAUGGAAGAGUACGAAAUAGGCCUCAGUUACACCAUCAUGAAGAUGGAGCAGCAAAACACAAACAGCAAGGAGGGUGUAGAGGUACUGCAGCAGGUCCCAUUUGAGGAUGAGAAGCUUGGCAAGGGCCAACUCACCUCAAAAGUCUAUCAUCUGCAGAGCAAAAUUCCAUCCUGGAUGAAGGGCUUUGCUCCUGCCACUGCUCUCACGGUGCAUGAGGACUCUUGGUGUGCGUUUCCAAAGAGCAGAACAGUGAUCAAGUGCCCACUUUUCAGCAAAUGCUCAUUGACCAUCGACACUGUGAACAGACCCGACAAUGGUUGUUCCGAAAACGUGCAUAAUCUGAACAGUGAGCAAUUAGCUGCAAGAGAAGUUGAGAUCAUCGACAUCGCAUCUAUAUCCCGAGAUUACUGGAGCAAGGUGAUCAGUGCUCCAAAUGUCGACCUGACAGCCUUCAAGUCGCAAAGAACAGAGCGAGGCCCUCUUCUGAAGGGAUGGAUGGAUUCAUGUCGUCCAGUCAUGACCGCAUACAAACUGGUGAUCAUGGAUGCUCCAAUCUGGGGCUUGGGCGAACGGCUCGAAGACUGCAUCAUUGCGGGGGAGAGGGCGCUGGUUUUGGCGUGCCACCGGCUGUGCUUCGCGUGGAUCGACGAGUGGUACGGCAUGACCGUGGAGCAGAUACGGGAGAUGGAGCGGCAGACGGAUAUGCUGCUGAAGAAGACGCUGAAAAAGCCUGGGAAGGCCGGGAGCAAGCACGAGGGCAAGAGGAAGACGCUCAAAGACGAGAUCGCGGUGGUGGGGAGCUGCACAUAGCGCUAGGCUGCUAGUUUCAGGUGACAGACCAUUUGAUUCCGGUUCUGGUAGACCUGAUGGCAUCGGCGCCUGAAGAAAGGUAGCAGAAGUCUGGCACGGGACGGGAAAGAUUAGACGUGUGUGGAAAUCUGGUGUACGCUUGUACGUAUCCAUCCACCGACAGUGCUGUAUAUAUACACAUACACUCAGGGCAUUCAAUGGUUUGCCUUUCAAACCAAUGUAUCGAAUGCUUAAAUGAUUCUUCAGAUUCAGAAUGCAUCCUAGCUGGGACAAGAAAGCUGUUUGUUUUA